GCCAAAUCUCUGCUUAUUACACAGGAAGGAAGGGAAAUGGGUGUAAGAGACGACUGCUGGGCUCAAUGCGAAACAGAAGCCACGAAGUGACCUAGGAAACGCUUAGUCCUUAUACCCGGCCGUGUCUUGUGCGGUCACUCCGGAGGCCAUUGGUUUUCUGUCUGCAGUAGGUGUAUUCAUUGUUCUCCUGGCAAUUCUUUUCCUCCUUAUAAAUAAGAAGUUGUGCUUUGAAAAAAUUGGAGACUUCCCAUGUUUGGACCAACGUAGGAGGAGAAAACGGCCAAAAGAAAAAUCUGGAGUUCUGCAAGGACUUGGGUCACAGCAGAGUGUAUAGAAAUGACUGCAAACCAGGACCAUCAAAAUGAUAACAUGGCUGUAGAAGAUGCACUGGAUAGUGAUGUCACUGAUAACUCGUCAUGUUCAGGCAAUACAGAUAUAGACAAGACUCCAGAGAGACUGCCUUACAUCAGUGUGCAUGCUAAUCCCUCAAGACGCUCUACUGAGAAAAACAAUUUCAUAGGAGAACACCCUGAUCGUUUACAAGAUGAGGAAACACCAGACAGAAUGUCAGCUCAUAUUCCUAAAAGAAGAAAGACAACAAAUGAUAUUUGUAAACUCAUUAUCACACAGUCCUCAGGCAGCAAUAUAGAAUACAGGUCGUGUAGGAGUACACUGGUUGCAUCUUCAUGCUCAGCUAAAUUUCCCCAGAGUAGAAGUGUGGCACCUCCUCUAGGUAUGUCAGGUGGCAUUAAGCUUCCUACUCUGCAGAUACACUCUACCAACAGAAAGGAAAAGCUCCCCUCCGAAGGCUGUACAGAUGCUAAGAAAUACAUGAUGACUGAUACUUCAGAGGGAUGUUCAUCACAUGUUUUGAACAUAGAACCAGCUAAGGACCUUGGCGCACAAGAAAGUUCAGAAACACAUCCAUCGGGGAAUCUUUCUGUGACAGAACCAGAAUCACCUUCCUGCUCUCCUUUUAUCCUGGAGAGAGAUGGGGACAAGGUAGACGUGUCUACCGGUGUCAAUGAUGCCUCACUGGAGAAAAUGGAAAAUAAUAUUAAAACUCUGCGGAGUGCACCAAACGCACAGAACAGAGGAACCGUUUCUAAUAUACUCAGUCCUCAACAGAGGAACUCUUUGCCAAGUAAACUAGGAACUCUUUCUGAACACUUGCGGAGCCAUAUUCAUCAGACACAGAGUGUACGGAGUGCUAUAGAGACUUCAAGAAGAAAAACAGCCGAGAAUGCAGAACACUGCAAAGAUGACGCACAGAACCAACUCAAUGCUGCUCCCCAACUUCAGUCAAAUAUUAAAUCUACAAUAUUGAGCUCAGGAACAUCUGAAGGCCAAGCCACCUCUAAAGGAUCACCAAACCCCAACACAAAAGCUCAACCUGCUGACAAUUAUCUACGUGAACCUUUGGAAAAUCUGAAAAGUUCAGGCUCAAAGGACACGGAUGGAAAACCUAAAAAAUGCACACCGAGGUCAUCUGCCAACCAGGCAGUCAUCUGGAAAGACUGUUCUGAAGUGGGUGAUGGCUGUAAACGACCGAUAGUUGCUCGUACCUCCGACAAACAUAUUGUACAUAAAUAUGUGCAUUAUUUCAGUCCGAAAGGAGAAAAGUUCAUAAGCAAGAAAGAAUUACAAAGACAUAUGGACAAGUUUAUGGACCCAUCAUCAUCCAAGUCUAAAGACAGAAGAACACAGUCACCAGCUGAAAAGGGAGAAGGCAUACAGACCAGGAGAAGGAUGCCACCUGCCCGUACUGCCUUAAUGGAUUCUCACCAGGCAAAAACUCUUAUUCAUCAGAAUAAUGGAACAAGAGCAGGAGAAGCAGUGAUUGGAUGUACAGAUGUCAAUGUCGCUGAUAAAUCAACAGCUUCAAACAAUUCUGAAAUAGAAAAAACUCCAGAGACAGAGCCCCGCAUGAAUGUACGUGUCAAUCUGCAAAGCUUACCUGCUGGAGAACAUUACACAAGUGAACAACCUGCUAGCCCUCAAGGAGCUCCUUCUACCAGUCGGCAAUUUGGAGAUUCUACACAGUUGAAUGCUGUUCCACAGAGGUUACCUGCUGACCAGAUUUCAAACUGGGAAAACUGUCCUAAAAUCGGUGUUAACUGGAAGCAAAAGAUAAAAAUUCGUAAAUUGGGAGAUUCUAAAGGACAUAGAGACAAGUAUUAUUUAAGUCCGGAAGGGAAAACAUUCAGAAGCAAAAAAGAAGUAGAAAGACAUCUGGGCAAGUCUAUGGACUCAUCAUUGUUCCUUCUUGACAGAACACAGUCACCCACUGAAAAGGUGGAUGGCCAGGACUUAGGGGGUAAAACUCCUACAGCACAGAAAUGCUCGGCUAAGCAGAAAAAUCUCACUUAUAACUCUAAUGAAAUUAUUAUGCUAGAUGACGAUGAAUAUAACAUAUGUUCAAGCCAAGGAAUGCCAGAAGACACAUCAAAUUCAAGGGGAAAAACAUGGAUUAUAAAAUGUCCAAAGGAAACAUAUUAUAUAUAUACAGGAGAACAUAAUAUUACUUUUGAAAAUGGAAAUGAUUUUGGAGACGUUUACAAGAUCAAAGAUAAACCUUCAGAUACAUGUGAAAUGGUUGAGAACUUUGAGCUUGAGAGCCAGAUGUCAGAAUCUAGUGGAACAGAAGCAGAGAACAUGAGCAGGAAGACCAGCGAUACCCAUACACUACGCGAAACAGAGGGAGAGCAUGGCAAUGUGGAAAUUGAGCAAACGGAAACAUCCUUACAACCCUAAGGAUCUCUAAGGAGUGCAGAGCGUGUAUCUGAGUCUAUAAACAUGGAAACAACUUCUGAGGAUUUUGAAUGCACCGAAAUGCAGCCUUGUGAGGAUGACGAUGAUAUUUUUGUCAAAUAGCUCAUGCAGUUUUUGAGAAGCCUUCCGGCAGAUAAAAAAGUUGAAGCUAAAAAAAUGAUUCAAUCUCUUUUUCAAUGCUAAAAUAAUCAUUGAGCCUGUAAUUUUCUAUAUAAUACAUAAUAAGGGUACUUUCACACUAGCGUUUUUCUUUUACGGCACUGAGUUCCGUCAAAAGUGCUCAAUGCCGGAAAAGAACU